AUGCCGUCAACUGGAGGAGUAUUGAAUAUCUUGAAUCUGUCCCAAAAGUGGAAGGUAGACUUUACCUUGCCAAGGUCUCAGAAAGAAAAUAGAGCCGCGUCAGUGUCGAACCCGCCUGGCUUCACGCCUGGUGCGGUACAAGUGGCAGAUUCCGGAGCACGCGACGGUGACAAACACCUGCUGUCGAAGCGGGCGUGGGAUAUUGCUUUAGGGCCGUUGAAGCAGUUACCCAUGAACUUGUUCAUUAUGUAUAUGGCAGGCAACUCUAUAUCUAUCUUUCCGAUCAUGAUGGUUGGCAUGAUGCUGGUGCGCCCGGUGAAAGCGUUGCUCUCAACAAACAGCAUCUUUCGAGGCCUAAACGAUUCGAACAAGUCGGCACUGAUCGGCGAAAAGAUGGUUUUCGUGCUUGGCAAUCUGUUAGGUGUGGCCGUGGCGUUGUACAAGUGCUCGGCGAUGGGGCUGCUGCCCACCCAUCAAUCGGACUGGCUGGCGUUCGCUACGAUGCCCGAACGCAUGGAGUACAUGGUCGGUGGAAUGACCUUCGAUUGUUGA